AUGUCAGAGAUAAAUCUUCUUCAUUUCAACGAUGUAUAUCGCAUUACUUCGCAGAAAAUAUACCGGACUCCAGGCCACCCCGAAACGAUAGAUGUUACGCAGUUUGCAACAUUACUGAAUGAUGUUAGAGAUCAAUGGACGGAACGCGAAGAUGGUGGUAGAGACGGACUUGUCUUGUUUUCUGGUGAUGUGUUUUCUCCGUCUGUAGAAAGCUCUGUGACCAGAGGAAGUCAUAUGGUGCCCGUAAUGAAUGCUUUAGGGCCCGAUAUUUCUUUAACAGGCAACCAUGAUUUUGAUUUCGGAUACCCUCACUUAUCAAAGUUGAUCAACGACACGACCUUUCCUUGGCUGUUAAGCAACAUUAUUGAUGAUCAAACUGGCAGAGUUCCUGCACAAUUGCAUCGAUUUCAUGUCCUAGAGAGAGCAGGAGUUCGCAUUGGUAUAAUAGGCUUAGUUGAGAGAGAGUGGAUUACCACUGUGUCUUCAUGGCCGCCGAAUUUCAAGUAUAAUGAUAUGGCAGAGGUUGGCCGAGAGCUGUCUACUUUACUUCGAGAUCCCGAGGGCCAGCAUAAAUGCGAUUUUAUCAUAGCACUGACACAUGCACGGUUAGAUAUCGUUCUAGCGAAAGACCUUUUCGCUCUAUCUCCCGCUCACCAGGCUAAGAGUGAUAUAGCAUCGCAGCAUGGGGUAGAUAUUAUCUUGGGAGGCCACGACCACUUUUAUUAUGUUUCCAAGGGUGUCUCCGCCUGGGAAGGCUACGACACCAAUGAGGACGUAUUGGGCGCGGAGAACGAUCAUGGGGAUGUUUUAGUUAUAAAAAGUGGCACCGACUUCAGAGACCUGAGUGAGGUCACCCUAAAACUUCAGGAAACCCCUAAAGGAAGCGUUAGGAGAAAAGUCAUAGGGAGUAUCGGAGGAAAGAGACAUCUGACAGUACCAGAUAUCGUACCGAACGAGAAUCUCAAAAAGAUUGUUGAUUCUCAGCUUUCCGGAGUUGGUGACACCUUGAAAGUACCGGUGUGCAUCACCAAUGUCGAGCUCGACGUCCGUUCGCAGUUCAUCCGUGUAGCAGAGUCAACAGUGGGAAAUUGGAUUGCAGACAGUAUUCGGCAUGCCUAUGACGAUGCACUUUGUAUGCAAGGUGUUCGCGGAUCGGACGGGGUGCUGAUCUGUGCAGGCACUUUACGAGGCGAUUCUGUUUACCCACCAGGUCUCCUGACACUAGGCAAUAUCUUGGAGAUUUUGCCAUUUGAGGAUCCUGUGGUCGUUCUCGAAUUGGAUGGAGAAGUUAUUUGGGACGCCCUUGAAGCGUCUCUUUCUACGUGGCCUGCCCAAGAAGGGCGUUUUCCGGUUAUAUCUGGCUUCCGUGUUUCGUGGGACUCUCGUCGUCCACCAGGCCAACGUGUACUUGGAAUAUGGCUGCAAAAAGAAUUAACCGACCCCCAUAACGCCGAUAAUGAUACCUCCAGCCCCGUAACACCUGUAUUGGUUGAUGGAGGCGAAAUACGGCGGACGGAUGAACGAAAAUAUAUCAUAGUGACCAGAGAAUAUAUGGCACAAGGGCAUGAUGGAUAUGCGCCGCUGCUGGGACAUAAAUAUCUCAUCGACGAUGAGAACGGACAACUGAUGAGCGGUCUAAUCAGGAAGUACCUGUUGGGCUCCCGAUACGUUAAUAGAAUGGCACGACUAGCAAACGGUUCUCCGGAGCACCUCCACCACGACACUGCCGCUAUCAUUGUUAGAGAAAGGGAACGGCUCAACCAUCAUAAAGACGACAACCACCUCAAAAUUUCACACCAGUGGCAGCAGAUUGCUGCUCGGGCUCUUGCGCAGUCACGAUCUCGAGCACAUUAUAGUGAUCACAUUAAAACAUCGGAACGGGAGCAUAUGAGUGAUGUAGAUUGUUUUGACGGACAGAAGGCGCGUAGCGGACGUGCUGAAGAUGCAGGAAAGAAAUAUGACGGGGAUGAGGAUCUACUUAUCAUCCACCCUGUUAUCGAUGGCAGACUGAAAGACGAAGGUAGGUGAAUACCGCUGUCAAUGACCCCUGUACGACGAAAAAAGGUCGUAUCUUUUGGCUGUUAUUACCAGUAAAUGUAUUAUAUUGGUAGUUUUGGUAACACGUCCUACUAAUGAUAUCUCACCGGUCAAGUAAAUACAAAUAUGCGCCAUU